UAGCAUGACACUGGCGAGAAAAGCGUCGCAUUGAGCUUUCCGGAGCUUUUCACGGACGCGCGCGGGAAUUCUGCAGCUCACCGUUUGACUAUCAAACUUUAAUUCUCGAUUGUUUUUGGUGAAUAACAAUUUGUUUUUAUUGAAAAGAUAUGGCAAAAAAUACUUUUUUAGUAACUAAAAUUAACAAAAUAAAUUUUAUUGUCCCAAACAGCACGAUAAAAAAUACAUUAAUAAACUGUUGAAACAAAAAAAACUCUUGCUCCCAAUUCGAAAUCCGAAAGGAGCCACCGACUUCACGAUUGAGUUUUUAAAUUUCAUAAAUCGAACGUCGAAAGACAUGUCGGUCGGCAAGCAGCCCGCUGAGCACAUCAAGCGACCAAUGAACGCCUUCAUGGUGUGGUCCCGGGGCCAGCGGAGGAAGAUGGCGCAGGACAACCCCAAGAUGCACAAUUCUGAGAUCUCCAAGCGUCUGGGUGCAGAGUGGAAGCUGUUGACCGAGAUGGAGAAGCGACCCUUCAUUGACGAGGCAAAAAGGUUGAGAGCCCUCCACAUGAAGGAGCAUCCGGACUACAAGUACCGGCCGCGACGGAAGCCCAAGGCGCUGGUGAAGAAGGAGCCCAAGUUCGGGUUCAACAUCAGCGGGCUCAUGGCGCCCGUGCCGCGGCUGAUGCAGCCGGCCGGGCCGCACCCCGUGCACUCGCAGAUGCAGAUCCCCCACCACCUGCUAGGCGGCGACAAGCCGGAGCUGUCGCGCGCGCUGUUCCCGCCGCUGCCCUACCCCUUCUACCCGUUCAAGCUGCCCCACGACGACGGGAAACUGGCCGCUGAGCUCGCACAUUUACAGGCAUUAUACGGUGGAGCUCUAUACAGCAGCGCUCUCUACGGGGGCGCCUUAUCCCCCUGCGGGUGUCCCCCGCGCCGCAGCCCCUCACCCCCUCCGGCGUCCGACGUCAAGAGGCCUGUGGCCUACGUCCUCAUGAAGAGCGAUGAGGAGCCGCCCCAGCAUGUUAUAUGAAGACCAGUGCCGCUCCCGGCCCGGGCUUGGCCCCAGCAUUGGGAGCGACCCUCGACUUCCACUACCGAGAGGGAAACCAGCUCGCCUGACAGUGUGUGAGGGAAAUAGCACGAGUGGGGGAAAAGGUAGGAAGUGAAGGACAGCUACAGUAGUAGACUGAGCUUACCUGACAGUGUGUGAUGGAGAAAGGAUAGGAAGUGUUGGUGAAGACUGAUUGUUUGGGAUUUUUCAAGGGGUGAAUUUGGUGUUGGUUAGGUUACUUACGUGCUUGAUAUUAUAUUAGUGCAAUAUAUUAUAGGCAAGGCAAUGUAAAAUCUUUCCAGUAAUAGAGGACUCGGUACUAUUUGUUUUUGAAAGUCUGUACUGUAAAUCUACGUAUGUGUAAAUAUAAGUAUCUUAGUUUAUUGUGAUGGAUAUCUCGGCUAGAAUAACAUAUCAUGUAAAAUGUUAGAGCGUGUACAAUUUAUUGUUGAUAGCACUGAAUGUUUAGUAAACUUUUUUAUUUGAACAGUAGCUAGACCUUACGACGCUAUGUCAAUUUGUAAAAAAGACUUUCGUAGAACUGAAGUUAUAAUAUAUAACUUCUUAUUAUACCUAGCACAGUUGAGUUACAUAAUAUAUUACUGACCUAUUUAAACAGGUAUGCACUACUGUACUAUUUUACUUACGUUUCCUUUAAAAUGGUGGAUUUGAAGACAUAAUGGGGUCCGUCUAAACUUGAAAAUUCAAAAUAACAAAAGUU